CCGGGGUUGCCCACCGCCUGCUCCUUUUACUCGGACGGGUCCUAAGCUCGUAGCUAAGACUGCGCGUGCCUCUGGGGUUAAACCGGACUCGUCUGGUUCAGCCUAAGUCCAGUCUAACUUGACUUUACUUGAAGGUGGUGCGUUAAGCGUUUGUCUGUAUAUAAAAAGUCAGCGUAAAGUAGGUAUAGCUGCGUUGGACUGCGUGGUUUGCGUGGGUUUCGUUAACGUAGUGUUCUUUUUCAGAGGUUUUUUUUUUUUAACUCAAAUGGGUGAUGAAAAGGAUUCUUGGAAAGUGAAAACUUUAGAUGAAAUUCUUCAGGAAAAAAAACGAAGGAAGGAGCAAGAAGAGAAGGCAGAGAUAAAGCGUAUGAAAAAUUCAGAUGAUAGGGAUUCCAAGCGGGAUUCUCUUGAAGAGGGGGAGUUGAGAGAUCAUCGCAUGGAAAUAACAAUUAGAAAUUCACCUUACAGGAGGGAAGACUCUAUGGAAGACAGAGGAGAAGAAGAUGAUUCCUUGGCUAUAAAACCACCGCAGCAAAUGUCACGGAAAGAAAAAACCCAUCAUAGAAAAGAUGAGAAGAGGAAAGAGAAACGUAGACAUCGUAGUCAUUCAGCAGAAGGGAAACAUGCCAGAGUGAAAGAGAAAGAACGGGAACAUGAGCGUAGGAAGAGACAUAGAGAAGAGCAGGAUAAAGCCCGUCGUGAAUGGGAAAGACAGAAACGGAGAGAAAUGGCAAGGGAGCAUUCCAGGAGGGAGAGAGAUCGUCUGGAGCAACUGGAGCGAGAACGAGAGAGAAAAAUCAGAGAGCAGCAAAAAGAACAAAGGGAGCAGAAAGAACGAGAACGGCGAGCUGAAGAAAGACGUAAGGAACGGGAAGCCAGGAGAGAAGUUUCUGCACACCAUAGAACAGUGAGGGAAGAAUAUGGAGACAAAGUAAAAAUGAGACCCUGGAGUCGCAGCCCAUUACGACAGCAAAGAGACAAGCUUGAGCAAGGAGAGAGCAGGAAACCAGUAAAAGAAGAGAAGCCAGAAGAGAGAGAUCCUCUUUCAGACUUGCAAGACAUCAGUGACAGUGAGAGAAAAACCAGCUCGGCUGAGUCUUCAUCAGAAUCUGGAUCAGGCUCGGAAGAAGAGGAGGAAGAGUCUAGCAGUGAAGGUUCUGAGGAAGAGGGAGAGGAAGAGGAGGAGGAGGAGGAGACAGGAAGCAAUUCUGAGGAAGCAUCUGAGCAGUCAGCUGAAGAGGUGAGCGAGGAAGAAAUGAGUGAAGAGGAGGAACGGGAGAAUGGAAACCACAUCCCAGUUGUUACAGAGUCGAGGUGAGAUUCAUCAGGAACUGACGUACAAGAGGAGGAAGUAGGGGAGGGCACCCCUCAUUCCAAUGCAAUGACAGAAGGAGACUAUAUUCCUGACUCACCAGCUUCCUCCCCCAUUGAACUGAAACAAGAGCUUCCCAAGUACCUUCCUGCGCUUCAGGGAUGUCGUAGCGUGGAGGAAUUUCAGUGUUUGAACAGGAUUGAAGAAGGAACAUACGGUGUAGUGUACAGAGCAAAAGACAAGAAGACUGAUGAAAUUGUGGCUCUGAAGCGACUGAAAAUGGAAAAGGAAAAGGAAGGCUUUCCCAUUACUUCUCUGAGAGAAAUAAAUACUAUUCUGAAAGCACAACAUCCAAACAUUGUCACUGUCAGAGAAAUUGUCGUAGGUAGUAAUAUGGAUAAAAUCUAUAUUGUAAUGAACUACGUAGAACACGAUCUCAAGAGUCUGAUGGAAACAAUGAAGCAACCGUUUCUACCAGGUGAAGUGAAAACCUUGAUGAUUCAGUUACUGCGAGGAGUCAAGCAUCUUCACGACAACUGGAUACUUCACCGAGACCUGAAAACUUCCAACCUGUUGCUCAGCCAUUCGGGCAUUUUAAAAGUUGGAGAUUUCGGACUAGCCCGAGAAUACGGAUCUCCACUGAAGCCUUACACACCAGUGGUUGUGACGCUUUGGUACAGGGCGCCAGAGUUGUUGCUUGGAGCCAAGGAAUAUUCAACGGCGAUAGACAUGUGGUCGGUAGGGUGUAUAUUCGGAGAGCUGUUAACGCAGAAACCACUCUUCCCAGGGAAGUCAGAAAUUGACCAGAUUAACAAGGUUUUUAAGGAUCUAGGUACUCCAAGUGAAAAAAUCUGGCCUGGUUACAAUGAGCUGCCAGCAGUAAAGAAGAUGACGUUCACAGAAUAUCCCUAUAAUAAUCUACGCAAGAGAUUUGGAGCGCUCCUCUCUGAUCAGGGGUUUGAUCUGAUGAACAACUUUUUGACAUACUACCCAGCCAGAAGAAUUACUGCCGAAGAUGGUUUGAAGCAUGAGUAUUUCCGCGAGACUCCCCUUCCUAUCGACCCCUCCAUGUUUCCCACCUGGCCAGCAAAAAGUGAACAACAAAGGGUAAAACGUGGCACGAGCCCACGACCACCUGAGGGAGGCCUUGGCUACAGUCAGUUGGGUGAUGAUGAUCUGAAAGACACAGGGUUUCACCUCACCACCACAAAUCAAGGAGCAUCUGCUGCAGGACCUGGUUUCAGCCUCAAGUUUUAAACUCGUCGUGAAAGGGGUAAAAAACCAACAACAACAACGAGAACUUUUCAUGUGAGUGGAUUUCUGAGUGCCCCAGUUCUAUUCUUCACAUCAGGGAGACUAGAUGUUUUUCACAGGGAAAAAGUCAAAUGUCACCACAGAUUCAAAGGCUCUUGCUUGGUAUGGAGGAUGACUGCUGCAUUCCAUUAGAGGACUGGAAUUAACCCGACAAGCCAAGGAUCAUUACAGAAUUUGACAAAGGAAAACUUGAAGUACAAUCCUGGAACAGUUUCUGGUUUAUUUUUAGGCUUUUUUUUUUUGUUGUUGUUGUUGGGUUUAUUUUGUUUUGGUUUUCUCCUUGUAAAUUUGUAGAAUUAAAAUACAUUUUUAAUUGUUUAACAGUGUGAAGGAUUUCAUUUCUUCACAUGCAGCAACCUUGGCUGUUGGUGGCAUUAAGGCUUCUAGAGUGGAAAGUUAAUUAAUUCCCCUGCUGCCCCAGAUCUGUACUGACGCUAUUACAGCAUAGUCAGCCUGGGCAAACAACUUUUUUUUUUUUUUAAUUAUUAUUUUAUUUUAAGUUAAUUGUAUGUGUCUGAAUAGAGUUAAGGGGGAAAAAAAAAACCCAUAACAGUUCUGAGUUUGGUUUUUUUUUCCUGUUGCGUGCCUUGGAGAGAGCUAGGCUGGGUUGGGCUUGACACUCACAAUAUUUUUGGGUGCACUACUGAGCUGAACAGUUUGAUGUGUUGUAUACAUGUAUUUACAAUGGCACUGGUGCAAAAGAAGUACUCUAUUGUUUUAUAAGUCAAAAAGAUUUAAUAUGGAGACUUGAAACUUUAUUUUCUAUAGAAAGUUCUUUUAAAUAUGCCCUUUUUCCAUAAAAAAAGAAAAUAAGAGCUUAGCUUUACUGGUUGUGUAAUGCCAUAUUCCAGUCCUUUCUCAUAAGAUGAAAGACCAGAGGAAUCAUGUUGGAAUAUCACAGCAUUCCGAGUCUCUUAAUUUAUAAUGCUAUCAUUCUUUUCUGGGAACAAGGAGAUUUGGAAAAAACUGGGGUAUUCAUGCAGUCAGAACUGGGCACCAGUCCAGUAAAAGGAUUAACUUAAAUUAUAAACAUUCCAUCAGUUUCAGUCCGUUUUAAGAGUUUUUUUCUGGGUAAAGGCCUUGGAACUGGCAUUGGGAUGUACUAAUAUCAUGGUGAAUUUUGGGAACAGUUGGGUUUUUUUUCUAUGGAGGAAUGCAGAACUAUUUUCUCUUUAGGCCUGCUCGAUUGCCAAGUACCGAGGGUGAAACAGUUCCAUUACUAGGCUCGUAACUGAGGUACGCAGGAUUUUAGCACGAUUCCUCAUAGGUGGCAACCAAUAACCUGUUGUAAAGCAGGGUUUUUGCUCCAUCCCACAGAGUACAGGAAAGGAGUCGUUUUGCCAUGGCCUGUGCUAAGCUCUAAAGGAUGAGACCAUGACUUGCAUAUUUUGCAUUUCAAGCUGUGCUGUGCAUCUUGCGCUCCGUGAAUUAUUUCCUCCCUCGCUUUCUUGGCAUUGUUGCAGGCGCUGUGGGCAUCACUGGAAGAUCCAUGUUCCUGACAAAAAGGAUUACUCAUCUAAGCUGGGAUAGUUUCAGUAAACCAAAGAAAACCUAAUGCUGGAUUGCAAUGGAAAUUUAAGACGGUUAUGAGAGAGAUGUGUAAUACUGGGGGGUUUUUUUGUAGAAGGGAAAUACCAGCUCUCCGGGAGUAGUGCAACAUUGGUUACUGCAGCUCAGCUUUUAUUUUGCCUCAGUUGUCUGGUUUUGCACAGAGGCCUUGCCUUUUAUGAUCCCAAGCUUAACUGUCCAUGCAAAGACACAUUUUUAAGUUUUAUACUCUGCUGUACUCUCAGCUAACUGUGAUGGUAAAACUGAAUCCUAAGCUUAUUCAUUCAUGCAAAAUAAAUACGUGAGAAGUGAGAGGGCAUAAUAUCCUGAGGUGCUAACUGUGCUUUACCAGCUGAGAUGAGUGAGACUUACCUGGAUA